AUGGUUCUGCCAGACGAGGCGCUGGCCGAAAGCUGGCCUCCAACGCAUCAAGCACUGGAAGCUGCCAGAGGCGAGGUGGAGCCCGCCUUCGACAUCCUUACGUGUGACGAUCCAAAGCUGGUCGCGGACGCACUCAGCGAGGUAGUGCCAUGGAAGCGAAAGAGGCUCCACCACGAGUGGCUCCACACAGCAUGCGCGCACCUGCGCACCCUGCUUCCUCAGAUGGAUCCACCGGAUAUCCUCCGCGUGAUUUUGGCGUUUGGUGAGCUCUACACGAAGCGCCGGCGCCACAGCCUGCUUUUCCAGGACUAUGAGACCUACACGCAGCUCUUCCAGGCGCUGCCCACCGAUGUGGCGACGGAGAAGAGUCUGCUGCCGCUGCUGAGGUGUUACCGGCGCAUGGGCGUGAUCCACGAGCCUUUCGUGGGUGCUCUUUGCAACCGCGUCGUGGAGGGCGAGGUGGAGCUGAACCCCUCCCAGCUGUCGGAGCUGGUUCAAUCAACAGCCCAGGAUCCAUGGAGAGCUGAAGAUCAGAUCUCCAAGGUCAUGUGCCCGGUCUGUUUCAAAGACUUUCUCGCAGUUUUCGGCCCAAUGCAGAUCAUACUGGAUUCUGCAGGCGCUCUGCGCGGCCGCUACUUGACGACAGUCCAGGUAGGGCAGACACAGUCUUCAGGUCAGUCGGGGCCUCGGAGCCACUUCGACUUCCCCAGCGUCUCUGGUACAUCCGAGACAGCACAGGUGGCCAUCUACCGGAAGGUGGGCACUUGCACCGUUGAGUUCAAUCCUUCGGCGGCUGAGCGCGUGUCCUGCCAAGUCCAGCCGGAGGGAGAGCUCAAGACCCUUGACUUGACGCUGCAGUCGAGCCCCGCCCAAUCCGAUCUCUCUUGGAAUAACUUCUUUGGAUGGUGCAACUCGUCUGCUGAAAGUGCAGAUACGGCAGCCAGCGUCAGUGCAGUGCCGGUCUCCGAGGGCGCCGUUGUGGUGCCCUACGGAUCAGGGCCAAGAAUGCUGGUCCUCACCGACGUGGGCGAGGAGAUCGAUGACGAAGCCGCACUUUGGCUGCUCCAUCAGCAUCUCAACGCCUCUCCCACCCUGGAGGCGGACAUCGUGUUUGUGACCGGCUCCCCUUUAGAGCGAGCCACGAGAUGGGCACAAGUCUUGAACUCCCUGCCAGAGAACCAUGUCCUCACCGAGAGGAUCCAGUACUAUGUGGGGCCAACGACUUCUAGGCACAUGCGGUACCGGAUGAUGGCCGAUGCCGCCGAGUUGUUGAGUGCUGGCUUGGCCACGUUGAUCAACAAGCCCUUUCUUGGAGGUGAGUAUGACGUGGUCCUGCAGAUUUCGCCGAUUUCAGGCUUCUCGUCGGAUUUCGCGAACCCGCCGACCGGGCCCCUCGGAGCGCUGGCGCAUGUGGUUCCAAGACCGGGUGCCAAAGGCUUGACCUACAUCGUGGUCGGCGGGGAGGGUGCAACCAACUUCCCCCGGGACGAGCUGCACAUAGGCUUCAAGAAGUACAUGCAAGAGAAGGGGUUUGCUGCGGUGCACGUGGAGAAGGCCAACUACUUGAACUGGGAGAAAGCAAUGUUCGAGACCUUUCCUCCGAAGCUGACGGAGCUCGUCCUGGAUGACGAGUGGAACAAGGCCGUUGGCCGAAUACCACCCAUGGUCGCAAACCUCUUUGUCCGCUUUCGCGUGAACACCCUCGUGAACUACGAGGUUGUGGAUCGUGCCUUUGCAGCCUUUGAGGAGGAUCUACGAGGAACGCCGGACUAUGUUCGUGCAACGAAGUGGUUUAUGUCUGUGGAGAAGAAAGUGCUCCAGAACAUCCGGGAGACCUACGUCAAGAUUUCACGCGAGUCAGACAACAAGUCUAAAGACUGCUUUGGCAACGGCGCCGUCAGUGAGAAGGUGAAAGGUAUGAAGAUGUCCUGGGAGUCGAUUUGCUCCCGUGUUUGUGUCAGAGACAUCUUGGCAAGCACCGACAUCACGGAGACGACCUUCUCCAAGCAGACCGUGGAUGACAUCCUGGGGUACGCGAUAACCCACAUGACCAGCAAGCUCCUGAAGAUCUAUGCAUUCAACAGGUACGUCAGUGGGCGCGACCCUGACAUUGCACAGUUGGAGCCGUAUCUCCUUGGGACGAAGGACACCUCGGCCAUGGACUUCCGAAACUUCCCCGAGCUGCACGGCGAUAUCUCUGCAAUCCAGAAAGAGGUGGUCGGGAAUCCGAUGUACGACCCGGCCGGCAUGCUCGUGGGAUUGGUCUUGAUGAGCGCGGAUGAGGAACAGGCUUGGCAUGGGGAAUGUGGAAGUUGGGCGGGUCUGUAG